UGUCUUGAGUUUUCUAGAAGACAACCCAGAGGCAGCUAGUUCCUAUGAACUCUAACUAGGGAUAUGUAGAGAAACUAGCUCUGGGAAAUUCAGCAUCAGGCAGUGAAAAGGGGAAAUAACCUUUUCCCCCAAAUUCCAUGGAAUACUUUCAUUUUGAGCCAAUCACUUCCUCAUCCCUACCCCCUACCCCCAAUCAAAUUAAUGGUAUGGAAAGAAUUGUAAUCCCCAGACAUAAGGUACAAAACUUUGUUCCUACUACUAAGGAGAAGGGAAAGGAAGUACUCUCGCAACAGGCAUGUGUUAGGGGAUAGACUGAGUUGUGUCCCGCCCCUUUUACCUCUGUUCCAGUUCGAUUCUUGUUUCUGUUUAUCAUCCAAAGUCCAUGAGGCCAGGGAUGCUGAGAGAGGGACAGUGGAACACUGGAUAUUCUUUAGGACUCUGGCCCCUUAGGGAUACCCUCCCCCUACCUCUACUCUCUUCACAUAGAUCUCUGCUUCUAUUCACCCCCUAAUUCUUUCCCCACUACUGGGGCCUGGGCUUGCCCCCAGGAGACCCAGGUGCCCAAGAUCCCAAAUCCUGCGGAAUCCGGAUUGGGGGACAAACAUGGCAAAGGAUUAUCAAGACCUUCAGCACCUGGAGAGUGAAGACAAUGGCCAUCAGUUCAGUAAAGGGUCCCCUUCACCCCAGUCCAUCUUCCAGCGUCUCUGCCCUCCUAACCGUCUUCUCCUGGUCUCCCUGGGAAUCAGCUUCAUAUUGGUAGUGAUCGUCUCUGUGUUGGGAUCUAAAAAUACUCAGCUUCGGGGAGAUCUACAGACAUUGAAAGAGACUUUCACCAACUUCUCAGAGAAGAUGAAAUCAGAGAUCCAAGCAUCAAAUACUCAGGGAAGUCGUAUGAAUGAAAAGGUGAAAUCUCUGGAGGCCAAGCUACAGAAGCAUCAAAAGGACAGGGAUGAAGAUAGCUCAAAUUUCUUCCUCCACGUACAACGCAUUUCAGCAGAUCUUCGGACUCUGAAUUGUCAGAUGGCAAUACUCCAGAGCAAUGGUUCCAGCAGCAGGAUCUGUUGCCCUCUUGGCUGGUUAGAGUUUGAGGAGAGCUGCUACUGGUUUUCUCGCACCGGGAAAUCCUGGAAUGAAGCUGAGAAAUACUGUCAGCUGGAGAAUUCACACUUGGUUGUCAUAAACUCUUGGAAUGAGCAGAAUUUUGUUGCUCAUCACACCUCACCUGCGUUUGCCUGGAUAGGCCUCACGGAUGCAGAGGGCCUCUGGAAAUGGGUGGAUGGGACGAGUUAUGACUCUGCCAUCAAGAAUUGGAUGCCAACCCAGCCAGACAACUGGUAUGGACAUGGCCUAGGAGGUGGUGAAGACUGUGCCCACUUGCAUGCUGAUGGGGGCUGGAAUGAUGAUGUUUGCCAGCGGCCUUAUCGCUGGGUUUGUGAGAUGAAACUCAAAAAGGACGUGUAGGAAGGAGCUCUACAGAAAAAUAUGCCGUUUCCAUCCAGAAAUCUCCUUGAAGCAGGCCAGAAACCCAGGAAAUGAUACAGAAUUCCUGAAAUCUUCCAGAAUCACCCUUAGAAGUGAUUGUGCUUUAAGUAAUCCAAUGAUAUUAGGUUUCCUCAGAAUCUUUCCAGCUCACCAGAGCCUCCUUGCAAGAUUAUAGAAUUCAUGUGUUUGAAGUCAAACAGGAAUUAAAGUGAACUCCCCAAA